CACAUGACGGACAUAGAGCGAAGGAGAGAUUGUGGGUUUCUCUUAUGAUUUGGUUAGUAUGAGCUGGUAAGUGAAAUUGCUGGUUUUCUUGUGUAUCUGAUUUGUCGAAGAAAGGUAGUAAAGCAUGUCAGUUCUGUUUAUAAACCACGGGAAGUCGAUUUUCAAAGGCAUCUAAUUCUUUGCCUUCAUCAAUUAAUCAUUCAGCAUGUUGAAAUCUUGAAUCAAAUGUUGCCAUUAAAUUACUGGUAUGUGCCUUCCACUGACUAACAGGAUGCUUAAUUUGCUUUGAAAACAACAGGAAUCCAUUCAAGAAAGCAAAGCCGUCAGUAAAACAAACAGUAAGUACAAAUUAUUUCUGAAUUUUCAUCUUUUCAUCCUCGUAUCUCAGAUGGGGCUGAUAAACAAAGAGAGACAGAGAGAUAUUUGACAAAGUAGAGUAGGCAUGAUAGGUCAGAGUCCUUAUACAAAAUUAUGUUUGAGGAUGAUUAUGAUGGCUUACUUCUAUACAUAUAUUUAGCAACGCUUUCUAUGUUGAAAAGUCCCCUGGCUUCAAAUUUCUUACACUGUUUAAAAAGGUUGUUUAGCAGGUGUUAUCAGAGUAUUAAUCAGUAUCAAAUAAGACAUUUUAUCUUAUACUAUAACUGAUUUCUCCAUGCUUACUCUACCUUAACCUGGGAAUCUACAUGUAGAUUGUGUCAUUUCUUCCAGAAUUUGAAAUAAUCCAGUUUUAACUGCUUGUAGAGGAAACUAGGAUCAGCCCUUUAACUUCCAAGAUCUAAUUAGUAAUUAACCUUACCGUCUGCCAUACAGUUCUUGUGAUGUUAGUUUAGAGAAUUUGGUAUUGGAUCAAUUACUAAUCCUUUAACUGAUACUUUUUUUUUAUUCUCAUCACUUGUCUGCUUGAUAUUGUGUUGAUAUCAUAAGGAGAAAUUCUGUCUUGGUCACUUAGGGGAGUUAAAGGGUUUGUUGUGGCUGGAUGGACCAUUGGGCUCCAGUACAGAGUUUUCUUACCUACCUAACUUCUCUUAAAAACUAUGGGUUCCCUUAGUACCAUUAGCUAAACAUGGAAAAGGGUCGAGUAUUCCAGUUUAAAAAACCCUAGCUAAGGUGUGACUCUUCUAAAGUUGUUUGAGGCACAAGUGAACGCCUGGGCCUGGUUACUCAAAUUGCAAAGACCAUUAUGAUUCAAGUUAGCAGCCCUGUUCCAUCACAAGGCACUCUCUUGUAAAUGCUCCUCUCAAAUUUGUAUGUUUUUUUGUUUCGUUUUUACUAGCUCCCCUAAAGUGUAAGCACCUUCAUUCCAGUAAGCCCUGAAUUCCAAUAAGAGCCCUUGUUCUGUUUCAGUGAUAGCUCUACUAGAGUACAAUGUACAUUCCCCUACCAAUGUAAUGUUAUCAACCUGAAUAUUUGUUUCUUUUUCAGUUUCUGUUAUUGUUCCUUUUUUAAUAAAUAUCAAAGUUUCAUUAUGCACUUUCUACUGUUUCUCAAAAGCUAAGUAAGCAUCUUGUCCUUAAGAAGUGCUCUGCCUCAAGUAAGCACAUUCCUCAGAGAUACUACAUGUAUUUGUAAAUAAAUAAGGACAUGGGCCCUAAAUUAAAUCAUUAGCCCUCUAAAUCCCAGAAGUGAUGACCAUGUAACUUCUCCCUAUAGUAUUCAUACAUUACACAGCAAACAGGUAGUGAGAACACUCAAACUCAUCAGAUACAAUUUAUUACUUUGAUUAAACACCUAAUUCUCAUAAUCAAUCUACAAGGAAAUGUGUAGUAGCUAGAGGGGGGAAUUAGCAAUCAGAUCUUGGGAGUUAAAGGGUUAAGUUAAGUAAAACCGGGGUUAAGGUAAACUUCAUCUUCAGUCUUAUAUACUGUACACUUGCAAAGAGUUUCCUUAUUCGUUUCUCAUUUCCUCUAGUUCUUGCCCUGCAGUGGAAAUAACCAAAUAGAACAUUAACAUUCAUAUGUAUUUUUAUAAUUAUAUAGGACAUCAAAACCAAAUACAAAUUUGGGAAUUUCACAAAGUUUUAGCGAUAGAAUAAAACUCAGUUUCAACUUUGACUCAUUUUGAUUCUUCACUGAUGACCAAAAUUUAUACAUAUGGGUAUUUGUGUUGUCAGUAAUAUAGCCCCUCUUUUUUAUGGGUCGGAGUACAUGUAGUAAGAUUCAUUUUCAAAUUUAUUCCCCAUUGGAGGCCAUUUAUCCAAACAUAGGUCAUAUUAAUUAUUAACCAGCCAGAAUAAUAAGUUUGUUUCCGACUUCAAAAAGAGUGUCAAUAAGUGUUAUUCCAGUUGGAGGAUUCCUGGUCUUUUUUUAUGAUAAUUUAAGGACUAAAGCAGUUUAUACAAACACAGAGCUUUGUCAGUUUAGUAUUUAAAAAUUCUAGAUAUCUAAUCUAGAGUGAAAUUCAGACUGACAUUAUUUUGUUUACAAUCAAAACACAAAGCUUUCUUCCAAUCAGUUUCAUUUGAAUAUCAAAAACUUAGAAGCAUCAAUAUUCAAAGGUUUUAGUACAGGCAGGUGUGAAUUAAAUUUAGUUUAUGAAAAUGUUUAGCUGCAUUGGCAAGAAGACUAGGGUCAGAAGAAAGUAUAACACACUUUGGGUGAGAAUUCCUUUAUGACAAAGAAUGUUUUGUAGAAGUUUUCUUGUGUAGUGCAGCCUACAUUUAAGCCUAUAUCUGGUAUUGGAAACUGCCAUAAACAACCAAAGAAAUUAGAAUUCAAGACUUGGACUAAAUAUUGAUUUUAGGUACAAGCGCAGUCUAUAACCAUGGCUGUUUCAUGAAUUGUACCAUCCAAUUUUUCUGGUAGCACUAAGCCUAUUGUGAAGAAUUACAGUCAUCUAUAUUACAUACAGUACAAUCAUACACAUAACCUCUAACCCUAAUUAUGACAACAUCAUAUACAUUGGUUUCAAUCUUUGAAAAUUUAUUCCUUUCCUUAGGGUGACAGAGAAUUUGAGAGGGAAGUGGCAAGAUUUAACCAGUAAGAAUUUCAACAAAAACAAUCUUACUAUAGCAGAACACAGGCAUCAAUUGUUAUACCUCGUCCAUUGUCAUAUAGUAUUACUAAAAACUUUCACAUCACAAUUUUUUUGAGCCGUACAUAAUUCCUAAUUAGAGUUGAUAGACCAAUAAUUUAUUCUAUCACCUAGCCACCUGUUUUUGUUGGUAAUCUCACCUAUAUUUUCUUGAGCAGACGAAGAAGCCCCUCUUUAAGUAGUUAGCAAUCUUUCUUAAGUUUGUAUUUAUGUUUUGUGAGUAAUUUUUUUAUUUACAUUCAGAUUAGAGGGAGCAACAAAGAAGAUUUACAAAGACACUAGAAAACAUGGCGAUGCUCUUUCAGGUGAAUUGAAUCAUUUGACUUGUACUUACUAGUUUUGGGAAUACAAGAGGUAAAUAAUUAAAUUUUACUCUUUCUUAUUUUUUUUCUUUUUUUACUUUCUUCUCCAUUUCAGCCCUGUCAAAAUCUGAGCUACGAAUUUACCAGGAUCUUGCAGCAAGUCCAGUUUCUCAGGAAGAACUGUUUGGGGAACCUGUAAGACAUAGUAUUUCACUGCUACUGUUACUAAUGUAGGUAUUCAAAAGGAAAUCUGAGAGCUGCCAGUAAUGCCAAAAUACAACCAGUCAAGAUGACUAGUACCCUCCAAAAAAUGUUUGAAACAAGUAUCACUUUUGUCAAAUAGUUUGAGAGUGUCUUCUUCAGUGAAGUUGUUUGUCAACUAACGCAGUCAAAAUAAAGAGUUAGUGAUUACUUGAAUCCUGUAAAAGAUUUAGUUUUUCAGUCUUUAUACCAGCCAAUUUUCAUUCAGUUCAACCUAGUUUUACUUAACGUGUUUUGCAGCUGCUAAUGGGGCAUUAGGAAACUACAAUGUAACAAGUGACUGGUGAAAUUCAGCUGUACUUCAACAUAACUGUUUCUCUCUUUAUUAAGAAAUAACUAUAAUAUUCUCUCUCUAUCAGUCAAAUGUACAUAUAAUUUUUUUUGUUAUUUUUAUUGUUUGAAUACAAUCAUUAUUGUAGUUGUUUCUCAGAAGAAUUGUUUAAAUUUUAAUUUGAUGUCUCCUGACUGCUGAUGUAUGAUUCUUGACUGUUGUUUUCAGGUUCAAGAGUGCACAGCCUGUGCAGAAAAGCUGGAUGAGCUAAGACAAGAACUGGUGAGUAAAUAGGAAAAAUAAUAUGCUGAAUGUUAUUGACAAAUUCUGAACUUAUGAUUUUUAUAUUUACUACUGACACUUCUUUUUGGCUGUCUCUACAGCUAAGUACUUCUGUUACAUGUUGUGAGUUUUAUUCUAUUUACAUAUAUUAGAUAAACAAUCUAAGUUAAUAGCAUUUCUCAACGCAUCCUGAAAUUUGUCUUUUUUUAUAUUGGAUUACAUCUAACAGGCAGGUAGAAAUCAGAAGACUAUAACGGAUCCUAUGAAAAAGUAAGGUUAAUUUCAUGUCACUGUAUGUAAUAUAUUUUUUUGGAUGAUAUUUUUAUUUUAUUUAUUGAUGUAUCUCCUGAUUUUAUUUCAUUAUAUUUGCUAUUGCAUAAACUUGUUUACAAUUAUUAACUCAUCUCAUCAUAAUAUCAGUAUGCAUAUUCUCCAUACUGUUCUCUAUACAUUUCCUAAGGUACUGACAAAGAGAAUUUGUUUAACAAUCGAGAGCUUCUUUAGUUGGUGAUCAUUUCCUUUGUUCUCAUGACCAGGCGUGAUAUUCAAAGGAGAAAUUACUAGAUGCUAGUCAAUCUAAGGGGUCCGAUGCAUAAUCAUGUAGAAUUUUACAUAGAUAGCAUGGAAUCUAAUUAGUUUUGUAAGCCUAGGUACCCUUUAUCGAAAGACAGAAGACAGCAGCAGAUAACAUUUUGAUAAGGAUUCUUUUCUCAGGACUGAUUUCUAGACAAUUGAUGUUUAGGGUGUUUUUGUAGCAUUUAUUUCAAUUAUAAAUGCUACAAAGCAUUCUGAGUAUUUUUUGUCAAUGGUUUAAAUAACUCAGUGCAGAUGUCAUUAAUGGGUAUCUAGUGGUUUCAUACCCAUGGUCGUUUCUAUUAAAAAAAUAUGCUCUGUAUCUGGUGGAAAUAUGACUUCCAGACCCCACAUUUUUGGUACUGGGUCUAAAAUUUAUCAGCUGUGUAUCAAAAAUGGGGGCAAUAUAAACCAAACUUAAUUAAUGCAGGUGGUAUUUCUAUUUAGCAUAAGGAACUGACCUUAUUUUAAACAUACAUAACAAUUGAAAACCUACACCAACCUGUAAUUGGUACAGGUAUGAAACAACUCAAUUGACUGGGUACAAAUUGUCCUAGCUUAGUAAAAAUCAACAGGGUAGUCAAUGAUGAAACCUAUUGUAAGAAAUGACAGGUAAUCCAGUAUUGUGUGUGAAAUUAACUUGAAUAUAUAAUGUGUCAAACUCACUUUGAUAAUUUUCUUUUCAACUCUGACUUGUCACCUGGCAAGGUAACAAAUGUGAUCAAACUGAUGCAUUUGCCUUAGGUUAUAUUAUUUUCCUUAAAUGAAUGUCAUUUAUUAUUUUUUAAUGAUUUAUUUAUAAUUUAUUGAUUCAUAAAUUAUAAUCAUUAAAAUGAUUAACAUUGGUAUUAGGCUAUUUUAUGGAAGAAACUGCACACCAUGAAGCUUGAAAGACAAUCUUUUUGGAGAAAAUAAUAGUUUGGAGAGAAUUUUUUUGCCCUAAUUUCCUUCAAAGUCUUUAAUACUGUUGCAGUUGAAGUGAUAAUAAAGUAAUGGCAGUUCAGCUAUAGUAUAAUGAGGAUCUGCAAGUGUUAUUUGUUACCACUGGAAGGUUAAAAUAUGAAUUAUUUUAUCUUUUUGUGAUUUACCCUAUCAUGGAGCUAAUUUAGUGACCUUUUGACCCCUAAAAGUAACUAAUAUCUAACUUUUCCUUGCAAUAUCACCCCUAAAUCAAAUGCUAAGGUCAGCAGAACAAAGAGAAUGAUCACCAACUAAAAAAGCUCUUGAUUGUGGAAACAAAUUUUCCUUGUCGGCACCUUAAGAAAUAUAUGGAGAACAGUAUGGAGAUUAUGCAUACUGAUAUUAGGAUUUACAGUUAUAGAGUUUCAACUUGAGUGGGUUAUUUGAAGUUGACUAGAGGUACUGCAAAAUCAAUGCCAAAUUAUAACUCUAAAAACUAACUAACAACAUCAUAUCAUGAUGGCACGAGGUUCUCUGAUUUUACAGUGUCAUAUGACCUCGUAACUAGCCUUUCAUGUAGUUUGUCAAAAAAUUUCCUCUUCAUCAUAGCAUUUAACCCUUACGGUACAUUCAGGUUUAGCGGAGUGUUCCCAAGUGUGAAUGCAGCAGUAAAGAGACGGGAUCAAGCCCUUCAGGUCUGUGAGCUCUUUUUCCUCCUGGAACAUCUCUCUUUAUUUUCCCUUUGCUCUGAAAGCUGAAAAUAUAGGUUAAAAUUCACUGAGUAACAAGACAUGUAAUUUAAGCACGAAAGGUAACAAAUAUGAUAUAGCUUUGUUUUACAAUGUAAGCCGUUUUUUGUCAAGGGGUUACAUUACCGUUUAUAGGGUGUUCUGUAUUUCAAUAUGGUAUCUUCAGGACUUGAUUCAAAGGAGUUGAAGAGUUACAAGUUCCCUUUUUAUAUCCUAGUAGAUGGUCGUUUUGGUUUUUUUCAACAACCCUAUCAACACAGGGGCAAAGUCACGAUUUUUCAAAAGGGGGGGGGGGGGUCACAUUGUGUCAAACAGAGGGUACUCGCCAGUUUUUGUUACCUGAAUAUUGUAAGUAUUUCGCUUAAAAAAGGCUUACAAAGGAGGAGGAUAGGGGUUACGGGCACCCCAGGACCCUCUCCCCUUGCUACGCCUUUGCAUCACCAUUAGGUAAGAGUAAGGUGAAGUCUGUACUAAAGCCAAAUGGCUUUACCAUUUCAUCAUGCAUCCCUGGCAAUUUGCCGGUACCCAUAUACACUCCGGGGUGGAGUGGGCACUGUAGGAGUAAACUGUUUUUCACAAGAACACAACAUAUUGACUCAGCCAGGUUUUGAACCCAGACCUCUGGACCCGGAGUCCACCGCACUGACCAGCAGCCCACUGCAACUCCGCAUCGUCACUAGUAUCUAUCACCUGUCCAAGCGCCACGUAAGGUCUCAGAAGGAAAAUGUUCAGAGCAAGUUGCUUUGUGUUAGAUAUGUAAAUUUUUACUUAAAUUCGAUGAACGUGCAAUUCCCGUUUUAACUUUAGGAUUAUCAGAAAUAUCAAGCUAAAGUGCUGAAGCUGCAAGACAGAGAAAAAACUCCACAGACUCAAGCUAAACUGGAUGCGGUAAUAGCCAGCGACUUGUCUACCUUUCACUCUUUUUACCAAUCCUUCUUUGUGUAAGCUGUUGAACAAAAAGAAUCCAUGAACAAAUGCUCAAUAAUAGAUCACAAAUGACGUCAAAAUAUGGUAAGAACCAAAAAAAAAAAAAAGUGGCACACGACGUACAACCGAGUGAUGUUCUUGCUAUAUUGUACUUUAACAUCGCUACUAUGGCAAUGUUAAGAAUUAAUGCCAGUCGAAGAUUGGAAUACUAGAUGACACCGGAUCAUAACUGAGGUUAAUCAAUACUUGUGUUUUACUUAGAAUAAUCAAGCAUUAGCAGCAGCCAAACUGGAUUAUGAAAGACAAAACGCCGUCAUGUUGGAGGUAUGUCGCUGAGUUAUCAAACUUUACAUGAUUUUGGUUUGGAAAAACGAACUUGAUCGUGAUAUAUUCCCCAUUCCGCUCCAGAUGGGAUCUGUAUCCACCUAACCAGAUGUAAUUGAAGUGAGAAUUUGUUUUACAAUCGAGAUUUUUUUAUCGGUGAUCAUUUCUUUUUUGAACCUUUUUUUUAACCUUUAUGUGUGAGUCAGGGGUGAUGUUGUGAGGAGAAGUAAGAUGCAGACUUAAGGGUCUGAGGGCUAGCCCUUUAAAUCCCAGAAGUGAUUAGCAUGUAACUUCUCCCUAUUAUAUCCAUACAUCAUCCAGCAAACAGGUGAUGAGAAUACUCAUACUUAUCAGGCAUAAGUUGUUAUCUUGAUCCAACAUCAGAUUCUCACAAAUAUUUUACACGGGAAUGUGUAGCAGGGAGAGGGGAGAAUUAGCAAUCACGUCUUGGGAGUUCAAGGGUUAAAACGCGUCCCUGACGCUCGUUAUUCAUAGGCUAUACGUCCCAAAUUACUGGUUAGAAGAACAGAGAAAACAAGCAUCACCAAACAAACACGUGAAGAUAUGAAUCUCUUGUCCUCUUGGGACCUCUAUGUCGACAGAUAAGGACAGCAGACAAACGUUUUAUGCAGGUGCGCGAAAAAAUGUCGUGUUUAAUGCAAUUUUGUUCCUUUAUCGUAGGAUCUACCACAACUGAUUGAUGGUAGGACAGAUUACUUUGAACCCUCAUUUGAAGCCAUGAUCCGAUCAGGGGUGAGUGAGUAAAUGUGUACCUGUUUUAGGAUUCAUCCCAGGAAGCAUAACAUGAGGAAACUGUCAAGUCCGAAGAAAAAGAGUAAACGCCAAAAGCACGAAGUAAUUUGAAAAUAAUUGAUCGUUUUAAUACUUUAAGGUAAUUUUCAAAUGAGUGUAGAAAGCGUCCGGAAGCAUUAUUUCGUUAUGUGAUUAGUCCAGAAAUUUCCGCCGCUUUGUCAACCAAUCAGAUUACAAACCAAAACCGAUUGCGACUCGGUCUCCCGCGUUUUCCCGCGCUUUGGGCUGUUUCGGUCUAAUUUAGGAUGAUACGCAUGAUGUUUGGACGUAAACACCUUUUUAUUAUUUCGUAUACAGGCAAGUUAUUACAGUCAGGCUUCGCAAGUCCUUUGCGACCUCACAAACAAACUGGGCUGGAAGAACGAAGAACUCUCCGACGAGGAUCGUCAGCAGCAACUCCAGCAGAAACUAGCUGAGAUAAAAUCGCUGUCCAUAGUGGAGGAUGGUUGAAAAUUAAAAACGAAGUGAAGAAAGAAUAUGCAAACGAAUGUGCGGACUGGAGGACGUGCCGGGUCAAGGAUAAAGCUAUAUACCGAGGAAACGGAACUGGUUUGGUUCAUCAGCAAACCUGAUUGUCUUAUCCACAUGUAAAGACAUCUCGCGCUAGACUGAUGAUAAUUACCGUCCCAUCACUGAAAACAGUUCUUUUUUUCUGGUUUACUCACAUCUGGACAACCAGACCACGUGAUAAAGAACACAUAUAGUGAAUAAAUGAAUAAAUGUAAAUAAUGACCUUAAGAGGAAGAAGAAGAAGAUUUUUCUCGACACACAAAAUUUCUUUUGAUUACUCUUUAUUUUACUAUUUAAACUGCACAAUAGUUUAUUUUUUACAAAAUUGUUUUCUUCCCUAAUUUCCUACAGUCUUUGGUAAGAUCUAACAAAACCGAAGAAAAACAUUUGCAGUAGUAAAACGCCAGGGAACAUACUGACAGUACUAGAUGGAAACCACAUGAGAGAAAUACAGAGAAAAAACCUUUUAAGAAUAACUAUUUCUCGGGCAUUGUGGCGCAUUUUGCGGGCUAAAAUGGAGAUUUUUGUGAGCUAAUAACUUCUUACUAACCGCGCGCGAGGGAAUAUUGGCCCCGGGCUCGUGGUAAAAAUGAUCGAGGGUCAUAUUCCCCAGUAACGUCGUCGUCCAUGUUGUGAACAG